AUGUAUACUAGAGUUACAGGACCGAAUUUUACGCAUUGCUUAAAGAAAGAAGUUAUAACCGUUGGUAGGAGAAGUCAGUUGCCCACUGAUAUAUGCCUUGGUGAUUCUGUCUGUAUUUCCCGAAAACAUCUCGAGCUUCAUACAAUCAAUGGGUCACUUUUUCUUCGUAUUCUUGGCAAAAAUGGUAUUUUUAUUGAUGAAGAAUUUCAAAUGUUUAGUGAAGACCUCAUUCCGCUACCCAACUGUUGUCGUCUUAGGUUUCCAAGCACACCCAUCACGCUUGUUGUUGAAAUCUUGGAUCCCAGUUCGAGUUUACGACACCCAAAGAAACGCACAAUUUGGAGGUAUUCUGCUGAGCUUGCCGGUCUAACUGAGUAUGGUUCAGAAAUCCCAGAUGUUUCGGGUGAAAAACGGCAAAAAUUGACGCCUUCAAUAAAGGAAGACGAAAAUCCAACCCAUCUCGGUAGGAAACAGAAUGUCCAGUCCUUCAACACCUUAAUCACCGACUCCAUCGCCAACGCAGUAGCCUCCUGUCGGUGCAAAUCAGACUCCACCGAACCAUUUUCUACACCGGAGCCCUGUUCCCCACCCGACUCCCUUCUUCUAAACUCGAAUCAAAUCAAAUCCCGACGCCUAGAUGCUGUCACCGUCACUACCACCACGACUGCUGACCAGCCGACCUCUCUUCGUUUCCCUAAUCUCCUCGCGGCCUACUCAAGAAGUCCCCUGAAGGUUUCAACCACCUGCAGUCAGACAUCCAACGGAACAGACAGCUCGAACGCCCAUUCAGGACCUUCGGAUCGAUCAAUAUUCCCCGACCGGUGCUUGUCCCAUUCACCUGGUGGUACUGGAUCGCCCUUCCUCUCAACAACGGCAAGCGAAGAAGUGGCUUCCAAUUUGGAGGGUUCCACAGAGACGGUGGAACAUGGCACAGUGUACGAGAAGCCACCCUACUCCUACGCACAACUAAUUGUCCAAGCCAUUGUCUCGGCGCCUAAUCGAAGAUUGACCCUAGCGGACAUCUACAGCUACAUUUCCACCCAGUUCCCCUAUUACAAACCGAGUCAGAAGGGCUGGCAGGUUGGUUCCCUAGUGCUUACUGCAGCAUUUAAGUUAUUCAGCUUUAAGAAUUCGAUUCGUCACAACCUCUCGCUGAACCGCUACUUCAUCCGCAUCCCUCGGGGGCAAGAGGAGCCAGGCAAGGGGGCAUUUUGGCGAUUGGAUCCCGACUCUGAGGCACACCUUGUAGUAAAGGCCUUCCAGAAACGACGACAACGUUCCUACGUCGUUCCAGCCUACGUAGCUAGUGGUGCCUCGCCACAACGUAAUUCUGGACCCACUGCUACCGCCGCUGCUGCUGCUGCUGGAACCACUGUCACCACCACCACAACUCCCAACAUAUCGUCUACUGUCAUAGAGGCCUCUUCAACCCUCCAAGUGGAUAGAAAUACCUCCUCCUCCUCCUCUUCCCUUGGGUACCAUUCGCGUCUCUUCAACCUUCAUGACUCUCUCUCAACAUCUGCAGCUUCAAAUUUCAAUACCGAGUCCACGAGUGAAACGAAUUUUCUUUCGAAGGAGUAA